CCUGCUCUGCGUGGCUGGCUGCUUCUCGCCAUGUCUUCUCUCAAGACUUUCAGAAUCAAGCGAUUCCUGGCCAAGAAACAAAAGCAGAAUCGUCCCAUUCCCCAGUGGAUUCGGAUGAAAACUGGUAGUAAGAUCAGGUACAACUCCAAAAGGAGGCACUGGAGAAGAACCAAGCUGGGUCUGUAAGGCAUCACACGUCAUGAGAUGACACACCUAACUGGCAUACAUAUUUAAUUAAGCUGCGUGAAGAUCAUGUGUUCUAUCAUUCUGUAAACAUCCUUCCUACC